GGCUUUAACGACACAUUUAUAUAUGUACGCGAUCUAACCCCAAAAAGAAAACUCUAUUAUGAAUACAAUUAUUACUUUUAUGUUUCAACCUCCUCCUGCCGCAAAACGAACGGCUGCCAUCCGGGUUGUCACCGAGCAGUCUCCGGGGCUGCCACGCAAACAGCAGUGGGUGGGGGACGAUGGGCUGCUGCUGCUCUCCCAAGUGUUGCCUCGUCAGCGGCUUGGUCGUCGCGGCGCUCGUGCUGGUGCUGGGAGGAGUCCUCAUCCCAAUCGGAGACCACAUCAUCAGCUCCACGGUCACGAAGGAGGCCGUGCUCAUCAAUGGUACCGUGGCAUUUGAUGCAUGGGUCCAGUCCCCCAGCGAUGUCUACCGCCAGUUUUGGUUCUUCAAUGUGACCAACUCAGAAGAGUUCUCGCUGCAAAGUAAUUCCAGCGUCACCGUGAAGCCCAAACUCAAGCAGCUGGGACCCUACACGUACAAAGUGCGGCAUUUAGCCAAGGACAAGCUGGUAUACCAUCCGAACGACAGCGUGUCGUACGUGCUACCGCAACAAGCCAUCUUCCUGCGGGACAUGUCUGUGGGACCCGAGGAAGACUUGAUCACGUCCAUUAACAUGGUGGCUUCUGCGUUGCCUGUCAUAAUGGGUUUUCCCGGAGUUUUAAAUUCUUUUUACAAGAAAACCAACACCAGCAUCUUCCAUACACGCACAGUUCGAGAGCUGCUCUGGGGAUACAAGGAUCCCAUCCUAGAAUCGGUGGCCAGCACCGGCAUCGACAGUACCUUUGGACUCUUUUAUCCGUACAAUGGUUCAAACGAUGGAGUUUAUACCAUUUUCACUGGGCAAGGAGACAUCAGCAGAGUUGCGAUCAUCCAUGAAUGGAAGUAUAACAAACGUUCCUGCGCAUUUUUUAUUUUAUUUUCGGCAGCCUUAGGGCUUAACCCGAAUUCCGGCCUACACGACCCGGGCUUUGAGAGGCUUUAUUGUAACUUCGCAAACGUGCUCACUAAAUACAUCGUGCUGUCCGACUCUCUUUUUCUUUAUGUCAGGUCCAUGAACUUUUGGCCGGACGAAUUCUGUGACAGAAUAAAAGGGACAGAUGGAUCCAGCUUUCCGCCUUUUUUGAAUAAGAAAAAUAAACUGGAAUUUUUUUCAUCUGAUGUCUGCAGGAAUCUGGUCGCGGAAUUUGACCAAACGCGAAAACUGAAGGGCAUCGACGUGUACCGUUACCUGCUCCCCACGUCACUGCUCUCGGCGUCGAACAAGAACACCGCCAACCAGUGCUACUGCACCGAGUACCUCAACCGGACGGGCUGCACGCGUGACGGAGUGCUGGACAUCAGCAGCUGCAAAGGCGGCGCUCCGGUGUUCAUCUCUCUGCCUCAUUUCCUGGACGGCAGCAGGGAAUAUAUCGAUGAUGUGGAAGGUCUGGAACCAAAUCGGGAAGAUCAUGAAACCUACCUGGACGUGGAGCCGGUAUGGCUAAUGUGACACACUCCCACUGCCCUCACCAGCGCAGUGUUUUGCAGCGGUGACGUGGCCCAGCCGCCAGCUCUCGUUCAGACGGCUGCUGCUGCAGAGGCUCAUGGUUCGGAUCCAGCGGCCGCCCCGUUUGAUACCCGCGCUGUGCGAUGUUCAUAAUAACAGUGCCCGUUAAUGUGCAAGUAUGCAUAGAAGCAGUCUGCUGUCGUUUUGGUGAUAACUUUUAUUCCUAGGGGACAGAUCUCAGAAUCUUACCAUUAUCUGUAGAGCCCUAAAACGUGGAAAGUUGAGAGCCACAUCUCCUAACCAAUGUGUGACUGCCUGUUAUAAUGCAUUUAGUGUUUCUGGCAAAGGACACUUUGCCGCGUAUGUAUGUAUGUUGAACUUCUUUCGCACCGUA